CCAUAUUUCCUACAUUUUAUUAAGGACGCUAAAUUUCCCAAGGAAAAAUCAUAUUCAGUCAUAGAAAAAGAAAAAUAAAUAGCGAAUAUAAAAAGUUAUUAUGGCUGCGGCGGUAAAGAAGUGAAGCUGGAGCAGAAAACGCAAAGCGAAAAUCCGAUGGAGUGCUCGUACGUUCCCCAGGUUAGCAAAGAGGAGGUGAUAGCGAAGCUAAAGGACGACGGAGACUUCGACAGACUCCGCCGCAAGAUCAUUCAAAAGCUCAAGCACAACGAUGAAUUGCGUGAAAAUAUUAUUACAAUCGUGAAGCAAUCGGCAGCGCUUAAUCGUGAAGGUGCCGAGAAUAUGAAACCCAGACAACUUUCUGAUGACAUUUAUCAGGAGGUUGGGGAAGUAAUGAGCCACAUAUCUGAUGGUUUGUGGGGUAUAAUCAGAUCAAGUGAUGGCAUGAAAAGUGAAAUCACAGAAACUGUUGAAUCUGUCUACAAUAAAUUAACUAACCCAAAAGGGAAAGCUGAGGGUGAAGCUUCCACUCGUGAUGUUCCAGUUCACAAGGAAGCUGACAAUAACGGUUUAGUUGUUGCUGCAGCCAAAGAAAUUGAUGAUACGUUGUCUGGCAAUGAGCCAAAAGCACCACCGGGAUUUUCUUUAUCUCAUAAUCAUCUGAUAAACAAUAAUGAUGAGUUACAGCUACCUCUGCGUCAUGUAAAAGGAGCCAUGGAAGAACAAAAGGAAAGUUCACACCAGUUACACGAUAAGCUGAAUGCCGAUGAUAACAGACUUGCGCCUGGAUUUUCUACAGACAUGGAGCACAAGCAGGCAUGUGAUGCUGGUGAUGAGGAUCCUGAUGUGCCUCCUGGUUUUGGUUGAUGAGUUUUCACGGUUAUUAUGUAGCCAUAAAAUUUCAGAGACAAUGCAGUCAAGUAUGCUUCUAUGGUAACUACCUGAGGAAGCUUGCAUUGAGUUCUUGUGAUGGGAAAGUUUCUAUGCAAUUUCCUUGAAUAGAAUGUGAGAUGAUUCAUACUAUUGACAUUUUGUUGCAUGAGGGCAUCUGGCUCCUGGCCAUGCAGUGUAUGUAAAAUGACUAGCUUCCUUAAACCUGAUGCCCUGAUGUGUGAGCAAAACAUGAAAUCUGUAUGUAGGUUUGGUAGGUCAUGAGCAAAGAAGCUUGACAGCAUUUGCAACAUUUUAUCA